AUGAUUCUUAUCGAUACUACCACGCUGCUACUCCAUCACGUUCAAGAGCUGCGGCAAACUUCAUACGCAAUCCUCUCGCACACAUGGGGAGAUGAUGAAGUCAUUUACAGUGACUUCCGCGACAUAGAGAAAGCGAAGUCCAAACCGAGUUAUCAAAAGAUAGUGAAGACAUGCCAACUUGCAGCGUCGCGGGAUCUACGCUACGUCUGGAUCGACAACUGCUGCAUUGACAAAAGCAGUAGUGCGGAACUGACCGAAGCAAUCAACUCCAUGUUUCGGUAUUACAGAGAGGCUGAAGUUUGCUUUGCAUAUAUAUCUGACCUGCCGUCAAACAAUGAAGGCUCGGCCUCCGACUGGCUCAACGACGGCCAUUAUCGAUGGUUUACGCGCGGCUGGACGCUACAAGAACUGGUUGCCGCGGACAAGGUCGAAUUCUACGACUCAAGCUGGGCAUAUCGUGGAGACAAGGCUACUCUGAUCCCUCAACUCUACCAUGUCACCGGAAUCGAUGAACGAGUUCUGGCCGAUAGCAGCGUUCUGCCGGAGAUUCCGGUGGCGAGGAAGAUGUCUUGGGCAUGUGGUCGAGAAACAACGAGGACUGAAGACAUGGCAUACUGUCUUCUUGGUCUCUUCGAUGUCAGCAUGCCUAUGAUCUACGGCGAGGGUGGUGAUCGUGCUUUUGUUAGGCUGCAAGAGGAAAUAGCCAAGGAGACAAAUGACUUGUCGCUGUUCGCAUGGACCUCGAAAGAAGACCAUGACCCAGAUAGCAUCCGGGGCAUGUUCGCCAGCUCGCCGGCAGAAUUCGCCGAAUGCCGCACUGUUGUGCGACGGGCUGAUUUCGACUUGCUAGCAUCGCGCCCGGACUUCGUCAUUACCAACCGGGACGUCACGCUGGAAACCAGCUUGGGCCUGACACAUGACAAGCAACUCGUAUUCGAUCUUGAUUGCUGUGGCGAUGCGGCUCUAGGUGAGAGGCUGGGCAUCUACCUUCACCAGACGGGUUCAAGAUUUGUUCGGCAGCGUCCUAAUGAACUCUACCACACGAAAGACCCCAGCCUGUGGAAUGGAAGUGGAUCCACAGUCAGCAUACAAAAGCGCCUCAGUCCCCAAGAGAAGCAAAGGAUACGUCAAGAACUGGCAGCAAAGAUACGUCUAGAGCUGGGAGGUCGUAUCUACGUUCGGUUUUGGUCCCACGAGAUUGGCGACCACGCGGUCUUUGAUAAGGCGACAUUCCCUACAGACCAAUGGAAUCUCCACGACGAAUACUUUUUGACCAUGGGACGCGUCACAUCGACAGGAGUGGUACCAAACUUUUCGCGCUUCAUCGGUAUUCGUGCCUUUGAUAUUCGCUAUGGGUCUGGGAAGACUGGCAGACAUAUGUGCAAUUGCCUCCUCAUCUGUGGCAUGUUUGAAGACGCCCAAGGCAACGACCGUCCCUGUGCAAUUGUUUAUAACGAAGCAGAACCCGGCUUGAAGGGCAUAUUGGACGCAGUCAAGGUAAAAACGAGAGAGUCCAACGAAGCUCUACUGAGGCAUUGCCGGGAAUUGGUAAUUUCCAAGCACUCGCCAGACGGAAAGACGCUGUGCUGGAAUGAUGUUUCCGACCGCGAAGUUCAGGUCACUCAAGACCCUCAUGCCUUGAGCAUUCGACUAGAGAUGAGGUUGACGGGUGGAGCGUCCUUGUCGGAAGACGGUUGCGUUGGUCACACCCGUGGCUUCAACGGAGACCGAACUGAUAUAGAUAAUCAGGGUCCAGACAUUGCGUCUUUGCCUGCCAAAUUCUCGGGAGAGAGGCACUAUGCGGUUUCAGUUUACCUAAGCCGGAGUCGGAGAGCGUUACGGGACGUUAUUCCCCAGGCUCAAAGGUUAAAAGUCCGUGGAUUCAGAUAG